AUGAUGACAUGAAUUUAUUUUUGUUUUGAUUAAAUAUCAAGUUAUUGAAAGUGCUUGUCAUUAUCUGUCAUUGAUUUUUCUGAUUUGACUACGACAGUAUCAUUGUGAUUUUGUGACUCAUUGUUGUUGGCCUACGAGGAAGCACAGCACUUAGUUGAUUUACAGAAAUACAAGAGUUAAUCAAGAAUUACUGACUAUGUAAGAAAUACAAGAGAUUUGGUGAUUUGGGUUACAAUGAUUUCUAAGUCGAAAAUCGUCCAUCUAAGCUAAAAGCUAGGGAUGAUUAUGCUAGUUAAUUAACCUCUUGAUUGAUAUUUAAGCAUUGGAUGGAAAAGUCACUUAGUAGCCACUAGCCAGAUUGGUUGAAUGACAUUUUGAAAGUGUCAAUCCAUUCUGUUUGAAAGUGUCAAUCCAUCUCAGGUGAAAGCUGGGUUUAGUUCUGCGCCACCUGACACUGGAAAAGGGAAAGGAAAAGUGUCAAAGCAUAUAACUCAUGGUUUUCAUCUACUGAAAGGAAAAGCAAAUCAUCCUAUGGAAGACUGUUUAGUUUCUCAUUUUAAACAGAUAGACGAUAAGGAGCUGGGAUUGUUUGCAAUAUUUGAUGGCCACAUGGGCCAUGAUGUUGCAAAUUAUUUGCAAACGCAUCUCUUUGAUAAUAUACUCAAAGAGCCAGAGUUUUGGAGUGAACCAGUGAGUGCAAUUAGGAAAGCAUAUGAUAAUACUGAUGCAGAGAUUCUUAGUAAAGUAAAUGUACUGGGAAAAGGGGGUUCAACUGCUGUUACAGCUAUCCUUCUAAAUGGUCAAACACUGUUUGUAGCAAACGUGGGUGAUUCUCGUGCUGUUAUUUGCAAAAAUGGAGAGGCCAUACAACUGUCAGUGGAUCAUGAUCCUGGUACAGAGAAGAAAGAAAUUGAGGAUAAGGGUGGUUUUGUUUCAAAUAUUCCAGGUGAUGUCCCGCGUGUUGAUGGACAACUGGCAGUGGCGAGAGCGUUUGGAGAUAAAAGCUUGAAGAUACAUCUUAGCUCAGAACCCCAUGUAGAAGAGGUGAAGAUAGAUGACACAACAGAGUUUUUGAUCCUGGCAAGUGAUGGUUUAUGGAAGGUGAUGUCAAACAAAGAAGCAGUGGAUUCGAUCAAACACAUAAAUGAUGCUCAGUUAGCUGCAAAGCAUUUGACUGAAGCGGCUGUUACUCGGAAAAGCAAAGAUGACAUAUCUUGCAUUGUUGUAAGAUUUCAAUGAUCUGUUAUUUCUUGGUACUUCAAAGUUAAGGUUUUCGAGUUUGAUGAGUGAGAGAUAUAACACUUGAAGUAAAAAGCUUACGCAUGUGUGUACUUAGAUCUCUUUUAUACGAGUUACUUCGAUCUCUUUAAUACGAGUUUUAGAAAACAUAUAAAUGUAAAUUCAGUUAUCACCUGAAACUCUCUUUAAUACGAGUUUAAGCCGACAUAUAAAUGUAAAUUCAGUUAUCACCUGAAAAUUUAUUCGAUCAAUUCUCGUGGA